AUGACUAACACUGUGAGAAAUUUACCUGAUUUCAGUGAUUCUCCAGAGAGUGAAAUCAUGAACCAUAAACAGAAGAGAAAACAUCUAGAAGGCAGACUCUCACCUCAACCUGCAAAGAUGUCAAGAGGAGAGGAGAAUAUGCAAGAUGAUCUUCAGGGUGAAGACGAGAUACUGGCUCCAACUCAAUACUACAAAGUGAGGGAUAUUUCUUACACAACCUCAGAGCACCUCUCCUAUGGAGACAAAUUUCGUGGUGCAGAAACCAAUAAAUUACCUCAAUAUAUUCUACAUCUACCAUCCCGCAAGAGGCCUCUGCAUCAAUAUUUGAUGGGGUGUCCGAAUGACUCCUUCGUUUCAAGUUCCCAUGUACCGUUCAAGUUCGCCAAUAACCACUUGAUGACCUCAGUAUGUACUGAAAGGAAAAGAGUCAUGAAUGUUUACUACAUGUGUGUCCUAACCAAAAGUGGUAUCAUUAUCUUCGAGGAUAUGGAUGGAGAAUUAGAGCCUCCCCCUAAAAGGAUAAGCAUAGCAAAACUUACCUUUCCUGAGUGGAUUCCUCCAAAAGUCACCCUCGUAGAUGAUACACAGUACCUCCUAACUAACAGCGAGGCUCACUGGGACAGUGAGGUCCAAAAGGGAUGGGAAGAAGCUGAGAAUGCAUCAAAGCCUCUGGGUCAGGAUACAGGUCUCAGCGUCAAAACACCUCCAUGGCUAGUGGGCCUGGAGAGGGGCUUCUGGUGCAUGGGCUGCUGCAGUGUCUUCCCCACUCUGGAGAGCCUUAUGAAACAUGUGGAACGUGGCAUUGAGGAGGGCUUUUCUUGCCUUACUUUCCACCUUGCCUUUAACUGUGAUUGGGAAGAAGAACGUGACUCACUUGGCAUUUAUGAUUCUAAGAACUCCAGUGUAUCAAGUGAUACACAGAUGUUGGAACUUAAAUUGUUCUCCUAA